CUGUGGGCCGCCUGGUUCAGCCGCAGGGGAACCGUGCUGCGGGUGUGGGGCUCUGCGGGAGCUGAGAGCCCUGUGUCGUCUGAGCUCCCUCAGAGCUGCGGAAGAGGUCCUGCUAGGGGGAAAGGUCUGCAUAGGCGCUGGAAAAUGAAUUCCAAGACGGCCAAGGGCGUUAUUAUUGGCAAAUGGGGUUUAAAGUCCGGUAGCUCCAGGCUAGAGAGCGAUCUCGAGAAGUACAAGCAGGAGAAUGCAGCCCUAAGAAAAUCCCUGGAGGAAAUCGCCAAAGGCAAGGGCCGAGCAGAGGAGCCGGAGCGGAGCCGGCUGUUGGAGAAAAUUCUUUGUCUUGAAAAAGAAAAAGAAAAAUACAACCAUCUUCUUGGAGAGAAGGACAAAGAAAUCCAAAACCUAAGAGACAGACUUAAGUCCAAAAACAAGAACAGUGAAGUCUCCUUAUUACACAGUCAACUAGAAGAAAAAAUGAAGGAAGCAGAAAGGAGAGAACUGUUACUUAGUUCUCUGUCAGAAGAAAUGAACCAAUUAAAAUGUAACUUAUCCACUAUUACUGUGAAAUGUUCUGAGAUUGAAAACAGAACUGGUAGUUCGCAGGCAUCCCAGGAAACAGUAAUAAACUGCCCUGGAUCUCCAACUAAUCUUAGUGAAGUUGAAAAACAGCUAAAAGAUGCUCUUGAGAAAAACCAGCAGUGGUUACUGUAUGACCAGCAACGUGAAGCAUAUGUCAGGGGACUGCUGGGAAGGAUCUUGGAACUUGAACAGAGAUUGGAAACUGUUAGUCAGCAACAACCCAAAGAAUCUAAUGCAGAAGGAUAUCUACAAGAAAAGCAAAAACAUUAUGAUCAGCUCUUAGAAAAUGCAAAGAAUGAUCUUGAAGCUGAAAGAUGCACUGUAACCCAGUUGAAAUGUGAACUUAAUGAGUUCAAAAAGAAGUAUGAAGAAAGACAACAAGAAAUAAUGAGCUUAAAUGCCUUACUGCAGUCACAACCUAUUGUUGAAAUGAAGGAUCAAGAAAACGAAAACAAAAUUAAAAGAGAGAAAAUACAGAUACUAAAACAAGAAAAUGAAAGUAUUAAAUUACAGCUACGAGAGGAAAAGAAAAAGUCUGAAGAUCUCUCAUCUCAGGUACAACUUCUUCGUAAAUCAUUGCUCAAGCAGCAGGAGGAACACACUAGGAUAGCUUUGUUGGAACAGCAGAUUCAAAUAUGCACUGCAGACUUGGAGAAUGAGAAGCUUGACCGCCAGAACUUGAAGCAUCAGUUAAACAAAAUCUUUAAGGAAUUGUUCAAGGCUAGGGAGCAAAUAACUCGUCUUGAACCUCUGAAGCUCCAGGAGUCUGGACAUGUGGAACCACAAGAAGAUUUGCAAGCUGCAUUUGAAGAGAAGAUUGCAGCAUAUGAUAGUCCUUCCCAGAAACAUUCAAAUCUCCUUGAUGAAAGUUUCCUGGAGUGUCCCAGAUGUAAAGCGCAGUAUCCAACAAGCAAGCACAGAGAAUUACUAGCGCAUAUUGAUUUCUGUACAGCUUAAGCUCCAAAUGGACUUAUUUGCUCUUUAUGCACUGCCAGUAUACUGUUUAAAAAGGCAAAAUAUUUUUGUAAAACUUUUCUUUGAAGGCUAAAUGAAGGACUUUCUAUUUCUGUUCGAUGAAAACAGUAAUUUGGCAUCAAAUUUUCCACUUGACUCUUGUGGAAAUAGUCAUUGUAUUUUUGCUUGCAAAUGGAAAUAUCUGUAGAAUUAGGGCUAUUUUCAUAGAGCAAACUACUGAUUUUUUUUUUUUUUUUUUUGCACUAUUAAAAAUGAGAGCAGUAAAAAUGCACCUACUGUGUUGGAUUAAUACUUGACAUAUCCAGUUUUGAAACUGACAGAAAAUGGAGUGUUAUUGUUUUGUGAUUACAGCACAAUUCUCUCAAUCUACUGUAGACCUGGGUUUGUUGUGAGUAUUUUCCUCAUUUUACCUGUAGUGAAGUCUAAGUCAUUGUUAUCAUGAGAAUGAUUAAAUUAAGGACUACUUGGAAGGCAAAAACUAAAAAAAUGAACUUCUCCUACAAUUCUAUGGUUUGCUGAGACCAGCAAAUUACCUGCACACAGACUGUAAGAUAAAUCUGUCCCUGGUGUACUGUUUUGAAUUGCUAGCCAGUGUUACUUUGUGCAUCUGACCCAUAAAGUUCUCCCUACUCUUGAAUGGUUAACCAUUAUUUUUAAAUAUAGGGGUAUUUUCAAAGUUGUUUCCAGUUACUAUUGUAAUAUUGCAUCAUAUUGUUGUUAAAAGCUAAUACUUAAAGAAAGACAACAAUUAUGUCACCACUUCUCAAUUUCACUGACCGUCAGGCUAAUCUUUGUCUCUGACAAUUUGGCAAGCAAACUGUGCUUCAGAACCCUAAAGUUUUUGUCAUGAUGGAAAUUCUCUUCACAUCUUCUAAAUUUGGGAUAACCAUGCUUUUCAUUUCAACCUAAUGACCUUAAUCACUUAUUGAACUAUUUUAGAAUUUUAGGUUAGGUGUCUUUUAAUAACAUAUUAAUCAGCUGGUACUCCAUUCCCAGCUGUAUAUUCAGCAUGGUUUCUGCAAUAAAUUCUGAUCUUUUAUGUAUUAUAGAUGAAAUAAGUUUGCCUGCUGCAGGUCUUCUCUGCAAUAAUUUAGACUUUCUUAAAUUAGCUUAAAAUGCUUUCUCAUUAAAGCUGAUGCUACCAAGGAGGAACGAAAGACUGCAGCUCAUUAGCUGCUCAGUUAUUUAAUACUAAAUAGAGGGGAUUCCAAUAAAGUUGAUAGCCUGAUAUUUUUUAAAGUGCUUUGUUAUUCCAACACCUCCUCUGGAUUUUAACAUGCUUAGGUCUAUAUAUAAUAACCUAUCUUAUGUUGCACUUACGUUGGUGCAACAUGAGAGUGUAAUGAUACAUUCGUACAGCAUUGAUAUUGUUUGAAAAGUAGCAAAAUGAAAUUCUUGAGUGUGGAAAGUCUUACUUUGAAUGCACAAUCACCAAUUUGUUAUUACUACCAACCAUAGAAGGGCACUCUUGCUCUUUCAUAAAGCAUGCAGGUCAUAUCACUGUCUCUCUCCUGUGGUCACUGGAAGUGAAGAAAGAUUCAAAGACUGAAGUUUGUUUUUUUUUUUUCUGAAUGUAAACAGGUCCUGUAAAAGUUCUGCUGCUUUUCUCUCUUUUUACAUCUACAAAAGGUGGGUUUCUACCUAAUGCUUGUCUUACUGCUAGGACUUAGCUGUAAGUUUAAUAAUUAAGGCAAGAAUUCAAAAAA